GCCCGUAUUGCGCCCUUUACAUACAUCUAUGUGCCUGACCCAUUUGGCUGUCCACAAGCUUCUUACAUCGCACAACACCACAACAGCAUUACGCGACCUUGAUAAAAGCCUCUAGAGCCGCACGCAGCUCUCGUUCCAUUAGUCGCACGCCCAGACGCCAGAUCCCUGGAAUCAGUACGGCCGUUGUUUCUGGUCAAGCUCUGUUGCAGGUGUUGCGUAUUCUCGCCUCACGCUCCGGCAAAGGACUAGCCGCUCUCUACGCGACCUUCUCGAACGCACUACCUUCUCUUUGCGGUAUAACGCUUGUUCAAGGCGUGCAUCACCCCGGCAGCUCGCCUCCCCUUCGCGCGGGUGGCAUCUGGGGAUCCACGACAGUUUGCAGCUGUUCAGCCUCUUUCACGACAUGCUUAGGGCCUAACACGCGUCCACUCUGUCAAGUUCACCAUGGCACCGCGACCCGAGGAGGCGCCCAUGCCGUUGCCUGGGACGGUUCCAGUGCCGGCGCCAGUGCCUAUCGAUGAAAAUCCCACCGUCCUCGACGAGAAGGCACUGGGAGAUGGAGAUGCGAGUUCGACGGCGGGAUUGACCGAAGACGAGAAGAGCAUCAUCCAGAGACAGUUGGAUGCACCGAACGAGAAAGUCGGCUACUUCACGCUGUUUCGGUAUGCCAACAAACAUGAGAUGCUCAUCAUGUGCGUGUCGUUCUUGGCCUCGGUAGCAGCAGGCGCCUGCCUUCCUCUGAUGACCCUUGUGUACGGCAACUUCGCGGGGAGCUUCACCAGUUUCUCCGUCGAUGCGCUUGCAGCUGAACGUUUCCAACAUCAGAUCAAUACCUUCACGCUAUAUUUCGUCUAUCUCGGCAUUGGUUCGUUCGUCUGUGUCUAUGUUGGCAUGAUCGGAUUUUCGUACACGGGGGAACGCAUCACACAGCAGAUCCGCGAACUCUACUUGCGGGCCAUCUUCCGACAAAAUAUCGCCUUCUUUGACUUCUUGGGCUCUGGUGAAAUCACCACUCGUAUCAGCUCUGAUAUGGUGCUGGUCCAAGAUGGUGUAGGCCAAAAGAUCUCGCUGUUCAUCUCGGGCACUUCCAUGUUCUUCGCCGCUCUUAUUGUCGGCUUUGUCCGAAGCUGGAAAUUGACGCUUAUCAUGCUCUCCGCAACCGUAGCUUUGGUCAUCAUGAUGGGCUUCAACGGCGGCCGUAUGAAGGCUAACCAAACCAAGGCCGUCGAUGAAUAUGCCACUGCGGGAACUCUUGCAGAGGAGGUCAUCUCGUCUGCACGCAACGUCACAGCCUAUGGGACCCAGAAAAGACUCGAAGCCAAAUACAAAACCUACCUGGAUCGCGCUGCGAAGUGGGACUACGAUUCGAAAUUCUGGCUCGCCUCGAUGAUUGCCGGGAUGAUGGGUGUGCUGAAUAUGCAAUAUGCCUUAGCAUUCUGGCAGGGAAAUCGCUUUCUGCACUCGGGAGAGCUGGGCGUGGCGAAUAUUCUGACGGUUGUGAUGGCUUCCAUGAUAGCUGGGAUUUCGAUUGGCCACAAUCUUCCCCAUCUGCAGGCAUUCGGUCAAGCUGUAGCCGCCGCCACCAAGGUCUUCAACACCAUCGAACGCAAGUCCCCUAUCGACCCCGAGACGGAUGAAGGUGACAAACCAGAGAUGUUUGUCGGGAACAUCGAAUUUAGAGGCGUAAAGCACAUAUACCCUUCACGACAGGAUACCACCGUCCUUGAAGACUUUAGCCUGAAGAUUGACUCUGGAAAGAUGGUCGCAUUGGUCGGUGCUUCUGGGUCUGGAAAGAGUACGAUCUUUGGUCUCCUCGAACGAUUCUACCUACCAAUGAGUGGCCAAGUUCUCCUCGAUGGCAGGGACAUUAGCACGCUUAACCUCAGAUGGCUUCGACGACACAUCGCUAUUGUGAGUCAAGAGCCCGUACUCUUCAGCAUCAACAUCUACGAAAGCAUCGCGCACGGUCUUGUGGGCACAGAAUUCGAGCAUGCCAGCGAAGAGAAAAAGAUGGAGCUUAUCGAAGAAGCCGCGAGGACGGCCAACGCCUACGAUUUCAUCAUGGACCUGCCAGAAAAAUUCCAGACCAAAGUCGGUGAGCGUGGAAACCUUUUGUCGGGUGGACAAAAACAGCGUAUUGCCAUCGCCCGUGCGGUCGUUUCCGACCCCAAAAUUCUUCUUCUCGACGAGGCAACUGCGGCUCUUGACACAAAAUCCGAGAAGGUUGUACAGGAAGCUCUUGACAAAGCAGCCGAAGGUCGUACUACCAUUGCCAUUGCCCAUCGUCUCUCCACGAUACGUAAUGCUGAUAAUAUUGUGGUCAUGGCCAAAGGAAGAAUCGUCGAACAAGGUACUCAUGACAGCCUUCUCAAACAACAAGGUGUCUAUCAGAGUCUGGUUCGAGCACAAGAACUUAGCUCUAAGAUACAGCCCAAUAACCGCCUCUCAGAGCUGUCCAUGGGCGAGAAGGACGCCGAAGGCACGGUCGAAGGCGAAAAGCUCGGCCUCGUGCGCACUACAACCACAAGGGCUGCUUCAAUACAUGCCAAGAAAGACGAGAAGGUGCAGAGCUACAACAACUGGAGCCUCAUGAAGUUCGGUUGGCAUAUGAACAGAGACGAGCACGGGCUGAUGUUUGUGGGCUUUUUCCUCUGUCUGUGUGCCGGUGCGACCCCCGCCAUCCAGGCUAUCUUCCUGGGCAACUCGAUCAAUGCGUUUUUCUCGCCUGGAACUUCCACUGGUGGCCACGGUGUUUCCUUUUGGUGUUGGAUGUUCUUUAUGCUAGGUAUUGUCACCUGGCUCGCGUACUUCCUCCAGGGUUUUACACUUUCCAAAUCCUCCGCUCUGCUCAUCUCGCGGAUCCGAGAGGACGCCUUUGGUGCCAUCUUGCGCCAGGACAUCGAGUUCUUCGACAGUGACACUGUAACUUCAGGAUCUCUCGCUGCCUUCCUUAGCUCCGAGGCUAACCGUCUUGCUGGUAUGAGCGGCUCAACGCUAGGCGCCAUCCUCACCGCGUGCGCCAGUGUGCUCGUUGCCAUUAUCGUUGGUCUUUGUUUCGGAUGGAAGCUUGCUCUCGUGUGUACUUCGACGAUUCCGCUCGUGAUUGGAUGUGGCUACUUCCGCUUCUAUGCCCUCGUGCGCAUGGAGAAGCGCACCAAAGAGUCGACAGAUUCCGCCUCUUUUGCGUGCGAAGCAGCCUCCUCGAUUCGCACCGUCGCCACACUAUCUCUGGAAGGCCACUUGUUGGAGCAAUAUCACGAGAAGCUCACUGCACAGGGCAGGGGUAACCUGAAGUUCAUGAACAUCUCGUCGCUGUUGUACGCUAUGAGUCAGGGGCUGGCGAUGUUCAUUUUCGCUCUUGUCUUUUGGUACGGUGGAGGACUGAUGCUCAAAAUGGAGUACACCGUGCUGCAAUUUUUCAUUGUUUACUCGGCCAUUAUCAAUGGAGCUCAGAGUGCUGGCGCGAUCUUCUCGUUUGCGCCAGACAUGGGCGAGGCGCGGGAGGCCGCGAUCCUGCUCAGAUCUUUCCUGAACCGUGUACCGAAGAUCGACAAUUGGUCUACCGAGGGCAAGAAGGUCGACCGCCUUCAAGGCAAAGUGGAGCUUCAGAACGUGAGGUUUUCUUACCCUGGUCGCGCCGAACACCGCGUACUGCGCGGUGUCAGCCUGUCUGCAGAUCCAGGUCAAUUCGUUGCCUUGGUAGGCGCGAGCGGUAGCGGAAAGUCCACCGUCAUGCAACUCCUCGAGCGGUUCUACGACCCAACCGCCGGCUCUGUGCUGGUCGACGACGUGGAGUUAAGGGACUACAAUAUCCAAGACUACAGGGCACAGGUGGCAAUUGUCAGUCAAGAAACAACACUCUAUACGGGUACGAUUAGGGAGAACAUCCUCGCUGAUAAAGACGACAUCCCUGAGGAGUUGAUUGUGCAAGCUUGCAAGGACGCCAACAUUUACGAGUUCAUCAUGUCCCUUCCUGAUGGGUUCAACACGCUCGUGGGUGCAAAAGGCGCUCUUCUCUCUGGUGGCCAGCGCCAGCGCAUGGCCAUUGCUCGUGCACUUUUGCGUGAUCCCAAGAUCCUGCUCCUCGAUGAAGCCACAUCGGCUCUCGACUCAACCUCGGAACGUGUUGUUCAGGACGCGCUCGACGCCGCCUCCAAAGGCCGCACCACGAUUGCUAUUGCGCACCGCUUGUCGACAAUACAAAACGCGGACGUGAUUUACGUAUUUGAUCAAGGAAAGAUUGUGGAGAAGGGUCGGCAUGAUGAGUUGAUGGGCAAGAAGGGGGUAUACUGGGAGUUGGCGCGGUUGCAGGACAUGGGCGCGUCCCAGGGGUAA